CAACAAAGGGAAAAAACAGAUGCUUCUUCAAAGCACGUACAAGCGCAGGACUGUUGGUUUUACGGCCCAAAUACUAUUGCUCUUAUUUCAGGGCAGACAGGCAAGCUGAUGUAUGUGAUGCACAACUCGGAAUAUCCCCUCAGCUGCUUUGCUCUCUUUGAAAAUGGUCCCUGCCUCAUAGCAGAUGCCAACUUUGAUAUCCUUAUGGUGAAGUUGAAAGGCUUCUUCCAAAAUGCCAAGGCGAACAAGAUAGAGAGCCGGGGCACCCGCUACCAGUACUGUGACUUCUUGGUGAAGGUGGGCACGGUUACAAUGGGGCCCAGUGCCCGCGGGAUAUCUGUGGAGGUGGAGUACUGCCCCUGCGUGAUAGCCAACGACUGCUGGAGCCUGCUCAUCGAGUUCAUGCAGAGCUUCAUGGGGAACCACACUCCCGGCAUCCCGUCCGUGUUUGGCACCAAGCACGACAGCAUCUACAGCCCAGCGGACACGAUGGUUCAGUACAUGGAGCUGUUCAACAAGAUCCGCAAGCAGCAGCAGGUGCCUGUGGCGGGAAUCAGAUGAAAGGACUCCCUGGAGCCCGGUUUAGAGCGAUUGCAUCCUCUUUUCUGCCUGCCCGCGUGCAUCAGGAGUUCUCCAAAAAGCGGCACUGGAAGCAGCCCGAGGUUGUUUUUUUCUUUUUUUUCUUCUCGAUCUCUUUCCUCUGUUUCAAAGCAAAGGUCUGGAAUGCUAUGUGUAUUUCUUGUUGUC